CACCCACUCAUAAUACACGUGUACUCUUUCUGCGGCGCCGAUAACCCUUCUUACGACCUUGCUGUCUAUUCACAGAGUCUGCCACAGACGACUUUACCAGUAUCAUCUCACGGCUUUUAUACGUCUUUUGUAUUGAGUAGUAUACAUUAAGCUCGCGGAAUUCAGUUGCCGGCUGCCGGCGCCCAUGGCAAAGCGAAAGCCGGAGGCGGAGGCGGGGAAUCGGCCACAGAAGCAGGCAAAAGGGCAAGGGCAAAAACAAAACGGCAAGGGCGGUGCCAAUGCAUCACCUGCCGCCGCCGCCGCUGCCAAGCCGGCGGCAGCGGCACCGGCCGCAGCCCGCAUGGCAUUCUCAACAGCACUAGCGGGGCCAAAGCCCGCAGCGGCGGGGGCGGCCGCGGGCGCAGGCUCCGCCGCCGCUGCGUCAGGCGUGUUUAAGAACAAGGAAAAGGUGCUCAUACUGUCAACACGCGGUGUGACGUAUCGAUACCGGCACCUAAUGGAGGACGUGGUGUCGCUGCUGCCGCACAGCAAGAAGGAGUCCAAGCUGGACACCAAGUCGGACCGCGGCGUUAUCAACGAGGUGGCGGACCUCAAGAACUGCACCUCGGUGCUGUUCUUCGAGAACUGCACCUCGGUGCUGUUCUUCGAGGUGCGCAAGAAGCAGGACCUGUACCUAUGGCUAGCCAAGUCUCCUGAGGGGCCCAGCGUCAAGUUCCACGUGGCCAACGUGCACACCAUGGCGGAGGUAAAGCUGUCGGGCAACCACCUGAAGGGCUCGCGGCCGGUGCUGUCCUUUGACGCGGCCUUUGACGACCAGCCGCACUACCAGCUGGUCAAGGAGAUGCUCACGCAGACGUUCGCGACGCCCAAGAAGCACCACAAGGCGAAGCCGUUCUUUGACCACGUGCUGUCGUUCACCAUCGCCGACAACCGCGUGUGGGUGCGCAACUACCAGCUGGUGGUUCCCCCCGACAAGAAGAAGACGGACCCGGACAACGCAUCGCUGGUGGAGGUGGGGCCGCGGUUCUGCCUCAAUCCAAUCAAGAUCUUUGCUGGCUCGUUUGGCGGCGCCACGCUGUACGACAACCCCGACUACGUCAGCCCCAACGCCGUACGCUCGGCCAUCAAGCGCAAGGCGGCGGGCAAGUACGGCAGCAAGGUGGCGGCGCGCGACCGCCGUACGGAGCACGUGGCGGCGCACCCACUGCCGCGCAACCCGCUGGACAGCAUCUUCAAGGGGGAGGAGGGCGAGGAGGAGGAGGGCGACGACGCGGGGUCGGAGUAAGGCGGAGCAGGGCGGAGCAGGGCGGAGUCGAAAUGUGGUGGGCUGAAGAGCAGUGCAUCAGGAGUGGAGCAGGGAAGGAGUAGCAGGAGCAAGAGCGGAGCGCAGGAGGGCGGGGGGCACUGGACCGGUUUUGCUCCUUGUUUCUGAGAUGGCGCUGGGUGGAAGCGCCAGCGGUAAUGGCAGCGGCUGUUGCUGUGCUGGAGCCGGCGGGGGCUGGGUGAUAGUCCUGGCAAUCGAGGCAGGCUUCCGACAAGUGAUAUCAUAGUGCUUGAGCUCGGCGAAUGCAGGCAGGGGUUGAAAUGAUCGGCUGCUUUGUUGGGCUGUUAUUCCGCCUGAUCGGGUACCGUAUCAGCUGGUUGGUGGCCGCACCGGUUGAAUGUCAUAACGCAGCGCGGCGUCCAGUGGUCGAGCUGGCGGGGCCAACGGAGUUGGUUAGGGCGGGGUGCCGAGGGCUGAAGGCAGCAAGCAGCUCGUGGUGCCACGGUGGGGCGCCCAGGACGCAUUUGCAGGUGUGUAAGGUUGUCACAAC